AUGGCGUCUUCGAGGUUGCUCAGGAGCUUCUGGCAGAGCUUGGCCCGCCCUCGUUCUCGAUUUCUCAUUUGCCGAGACGUUGCUGUUGCCUCUUCUACCUCUCUAUCAACGGCCGCUAGGCCCGCAAAUACCCCACAGCACAAUCAAGGAACGACCGACAACUCCGAAAUUAAGGCAACAUACACAGAAGGGCGCAAAAAGCGUGAGAGGGUCGUCGUCCUGGGGUCCGGCUGGGCUGGCUACGCGCUGGUCCGCAAUCUUGACCCCGCCAAGUACGAGCGCAUCAUCAUCUCGCCGCGCUCCUACUUUGUUUUCACUCCGCUAUUGGCAUCCACUUCAGUCGGCACUCUCGAAUUUCGCUCCAUCCUCGAGCCCGUUCGCCGCCUGCAGCCGGAUCGCUUCCACCAAGGCUGGGCCGAUGAUGUCGACUUUACCAACAGGACCAUCCGUGUCGAGACGAACCCGGAUGCUGACGAGAUCAACUCUCGCACACUCCCACCCGCCACUCAAUCAUCGCCGCACAAUGAUGGCAGAGACAGUGGCUCCUCAGCCGUGUCCGUUAUUCAAACCCCUUCCUCCGGCUCCGUCAAGGAGACUCUCACCAAGCGUAAGGGUGAGAUGAUCACGGUCCCCUAUGACAAACUCAUCUUCGCUGUCGGGGCCUACUCCCAGACCUUUGGCAUUCCCGGCGCUCGUGAGCAUGCAAACUUCCUCCGCGACGUCGGCGACGCCCGCUCCAUCCGCCUUCGCAUCCUACAGUGCUUCGAGCGUGCGGAGCUCCCUUCCACGACCGACGAGCAGCGCCGCAAGCUGCUCCAUUUUGCCGUCGUUGGCGGCGGUCCCACGGGCAUAGAGUUUGCCGCUGAGCUUCACGACCUCAUCCACGAUGACCUCGCUCGCAUCUACCCUGACCUCAUGCCAUUUGUUGGCAUCACCGUCUACGACAUUGCACCCAAGAUUCUGCCCAUGUUCGACAAAAAGCUAUCCUCCUACACCAUCGACACCUUCCGCCGCCAGGGCAUCCAUAUAAAGACUCAGCAUCACCUCCAGAGUAUAUGUCCGGAUGAGGAUGGCAAGGGUGGCCUCAAGAUCAAGAUCCAAGAGUACGACGAUGAGGUUGGCGCCGGGAUUGUUGUUUGGAGUACGGGUCUGAUGCAGAAUCCCCUAGUUGCCAGGCUUGUCGAAUACAGGCUUGUCGAACAGGAUAUCCGCGCCCCCGUCACUCCAGAGGAACAGCAGCUGUGUAAGCAGCAGACCUGGCACAUUGUCAAGGCCGAGAAGAGCGGCGGUCUUGUCGUCGAUGAUCACCUCCGUGUCCGCGUCUCCACUGGGUCUGCCCAAGCCAUCGACUCCAAAAGCGGCCACAGUGCCCCCAACGACAUCCUCCCCGAAGUCUACGCCAUAGGCGACUGCGCCGUCAUGGAGCGCGAGGCGCUCCCCGCCACCGCACAGGUCGCCUCACAGCAGGCCAAAUACCUGGCUAAGGCCCUGAAUAAGUAUGGCUCCUGCGAAGCCGUGGGUAACAAAUCAAAGCCCUUCCUUUUCCUCAAUCUCGGCACAAUCGCCUACAUUGGCAGCUGGCGUGCCAUAGCCCAAAGUUCGUCCGAAGGCCUGACGGGUAGGCUCGCCUGGGUCCUAUGGAGGGGCGCUUAUAUUACCCGAAGCAUGAGCAUAAGAAAUAAGAUCAUGGUUCUGGUUCACUGGAUUAUGACUUGGCUUUUUGGCCGCGAUAUUUCGAGAUUCUGA